AUGGCAGCUCGGCGGCAACACGGCGGCGGCGGUGGAGCCACUCCCAGACGCGCUGCAGUGCGUCUGGUGUACGAAGAUAUCAAGCCCACAGGAAAGUGGCGAGAAGACGCCGAAAGCCAUAUCCUCACCAUUGAUCUUCCCGGUUUUGUUAAGGAGCAACUGAAGGUCUCCACAGAAGGCAAUAAUUUUGUCAAGGUUCAAGGUGAACGCCCGGUGACUAGAGCCCGGAGAAUCCGCUUCCAGGAGGAUUAUCCAGUUCCUGCAAACUGCGACAUGAGAAAAAUUCGUGCCAACUUCCAAGGAGAGAGCCUGAUUAUAACAAUCGGGAAAAAGAUCGUUGACAAACCUAAGGAUGCACCUUCGCCUGCAAUAGCUACUCCGGCUGAAGUUCCUAAGCAGCCCUUAGCUCCACAGGGGAAGGACAAAGACGAAGUCGAAGACAGAGACAGAGACAGAGACGAACACAAUCAGCCUCCACCUCCAGCAGUUGAAGCAAGCCAGCUUAAUGAUGAGAAAAACUUUGAACACGCCGCAGGUGAGGAUGGGAUAAAAAGGGAUCAGCCUGGUGACCCGCGAGAUGGAAGAAGAGGUACUCCGUUUAGAGAUGCCGGGCGAGUACUUCCACGAGAUUAUGAAAUUCGUGAGGCAAUAAAAAAGGAUGAAAUAGAGAAGACUUCGAAGAGAAGUGAAGAGUUACCAGAGGAAGGAACUACAGAGAAAGCCGAGUUGAAGGAUGGUGCACCAUCUGCGAAAGAAGUAAAACACACAGAAUCAAAUGGGAAGCGUAAAGCCCAUACAGAUGGAGCUUCAGCAAUGAAGAAAGGAAAGAAAGCAGUAAAUGGACUUAACAUGUUAAAUGAAAGGAAAUCGGUCGUGAAUAUGGGAGCUGCAGUGCUUGUUAUUAUUGCGCUCACUGCUUACACCACAUACCAGUUUACAUCAGGGAAACAUAAAAUCUAA